AGUCUACUGUAAGAGGGCUGGCUGAGUAUCAGAAGGUUUUGAUGAUAGCGGUUAUGGCGUCUCUUAUGCGUAAAUAUCUGUGUUCUUUCCAGAUGACUCCCAAGUCCAAGAGGAAAAGCAUCCACAGUAGAAUGCUCCGUCCAGUUUCUCGUGCCUUCGAGAUGGAGUUUGACCUUGACAAGGCCCUGGAAGAUGUUCCUAUCCACACAGAGGACCCUCCUGCACCUUCCCCUGCUCCUACCCUCUCGAGGUUAGAGAAGAGACCGUCAGGGACCAUGGGAGAACUGCCCUCAGACGAGGCCAAGAAGCUGCAGCACUUCACCAAACUACGGCCUCGCAGGAACAAGAAGAUGCAGUCCAGUAAGAUACCGCAAAUCAGCAGCACCACGUCUCAGGACGGAGAGCAGAACGGCCUGCAUGGAAGGGUUGAUGAGGGGGUGGACGAGUUCUUCUCCAAGAAAGUCACCAAGAUGGACUCGAAACGUUCCCUAAAGAGUUCAGACUCCCAGGACGGGGAGAAGAAGAGGAGUAAAGGAGGUUUCCUCAACCUCAUCAAGUCUCGCACCUCCAAGUCUUCAGACAAAGACAAGUCUUCAGACAAAGACAAGUCAGAGAAGAACCAGUCUACCCCAGCUCCAGCCCUAACCCCAGCUCCAGCCCUAACCUCAGCUCCAGUAACCACUGUCUCCGAGGGGCCUUCCUCCCCUAAGGCCUCCCUGAAGAGCCAAGCUCCAGAACCACCAACCAAGAUCAAGGAGGCCAAGACCCAGCCCACUCAUCCCAGCCAGCUCACCCAACCCCUGGAGUGCAGCAGCAGCUCAGACCGGUCUGAGGAGCUACGGACCCCAGACUCUAUGGAUGAGGUGUCAGAGGGGGACAGUAAGGGUAGUCCCCAGGGGGGGAGGCGCUACGGGGUGCAGGUGAUGGGGACUGGACUCCUGGCGGAGAUGAAGGCCAAGCAGGAGAGACGGACCUUCGGAUCACAUAAGGACCAGUAUGACCAGUCGUCCAGUCCAGACAGCAGUGGCAGUGUGAAGGGCCAGCCUAUCCCAACAGAGAGCAGGUCUCCAGGUGGCUCCAAGGCAGAGGGGGUGGUGGUGGCCGGCUCCCCAGAGAAGAGCCCUCGUGGUGGGGAGGCCAAACCAGAGACGGCCCCUAGGAACCGCAUUACCUCAGUCCUAAGUUCCAGUCCUAAGCCUCCUCUUCAGGGCCCCAAGCCAGCCCUCGCUGCCCGACCCUCCAUCCUUCAGAAGCCGCGCACCAGCAGUAGCAGGAGCAUAGAUGAGGUCUGUGACUCUCCUGGAGGGAAUGUGUCUCCCAAGGGGGCAAUGCUGCCUUACAGCCUGAAGAGGGUCCCCUUGGACAAGGACAAGGAGGGGCAGGGCAGUCCUCUACUGGGGGGCACGGGGAGUAAUAAAAAACCCUCUGCUCAGGCAGUGAAUGUUCCAACUGAAGACGGUAGCGUGUUUGAUUCUGAUCAGGAAGCUGACAAGCCAAUCUCAGAGCCCGACACGCCUGCCAAUCACCUACCAGCACCGAACAGGAAGUGGGCGAGCACAAGAGCAGGAAGUCCCUCCCCUGUACUGCAGUGAAACCAGGCUCAGUGUCGGACCCUGCCAAUCGCCAGAGCCCCCACCGCCACAACUCUGAGGACAACGGCUCCAAACCCAAGGACCAAUCCCCCAACCCUGACAGAGACAAGGGACCGGGGAGAAAGUCUCCCCGAUCUGGAGAAGAGGCCGACAAAGACUUUAUUUUUCUAUGAGAAACUAAACUCUCAAUGAAUGACAGGUGCAUUGUACCUGCCUGUCAUCUCAGUAUAUCUGAUGUCAGGAAUCAGACAGCGACGACCGUAUCUCUAAAGACGGGCAGAGUAACCCACGUGAAGUGUUUCACUGUGAUAGGACUGUUGGACACUUUCACUAAAUCUCAGUCAUACCAAGAUAAAUACGGCUAAAGCACUGUUAUGAUGAUGCACUGUUGUGUGUUAAGUCACUGUGGAUCAUAAACAACACAUUUUCUGAAGGGGGAAGGAGAGGGACAUCCCUUUACAUGACUCAGAUAUCUCAUGGUUUGGCCAUGUGUGUACUAUGUCAUCAUGGUUUGGCCAUGUGUGUACUAUGUCAUCAUGGUUUGGCCAUGUGUGUACUAUGUCAUCAUGGUUUGGCCAUGUGUGUACUCUGUCAUCAUGGUUUGGCCAUGUGUGUACUCUGUCAUCAUGGUUUGGCCAUGUGUGUACUAUGUCAUCAUGGUUUGGCCAUGUGUGUACUAUGUCAUCAUGGUUUGGACAUGUGUGUACUAUGUCAUCAUGGUUUUGCCAUGUGUGUACUCUGUCAUCAUGGUUUGGCCAUGUGUGUACUCUGUCAUCAUGGUUUGGCCAUGUGUGUACUAUGUCAUCAUGGUUUGGCCAUGUGUGUACUAUGUCAUCAUGGUUUGGCCAUGUGUGUACUAUGUCAUCAUGGUUUGGCCAUGUGUGUACUCUGUCAUCAUAGCUUUGUGUGCCGGUCAUCCCCUGUGCUUGUAUUGGGAAGUGAAGUGGUGUACUGUCAUGCCAGUAAAAGCUAGCCUGGAAUCCACACUGAAUAUCUGUUUCACUAUUCAGAUUGGUAUCCAUGCCAGUAAAAGCUAGCCUGGAAUCCACACUGAAUAUCUGUUUCACUAUUCAGAUUGGUAUCCAUGCCAGAAAAAGCUCGCCUGGAAUCCACACUGAAUAUCUGUUUCACUAUUCAGAUUGGUAUCCAUGCCAGUAAAAACUAGCCUGGAAUCCACACUGAAUAUCUGUUUCACUAUUCAGAUUGGUAUCCAUGGCAGUUAAAGCUAGCCUGGAAUCCACACUGAAUAUCUGUUUCACUAUUCAGAUUGGUAUCCAUGC